UAUUAUUAUUAUUAUUCCUCAUUCUCUCACUAUUAUCUUUGUUCAUACCAGUGGUGUGAUGCAGAAGGAUCGGGGUUGGCCAUUUGCUGUUUCAUCCAACGUCCGGUAUUUGUAGUGUUUGUAUUGCCGCGGAGUCGAAAAAUCCAUAGAUGAUAGAUGAGCAAGACUGUAAAUGCACUGAAUCUUCAAGACACAUAAAAAUAUGAGGAUGACAGUCACUCGAUUCUUACAGACCGUUUCGGAACUUGACCCGCGACCCAAGCAUAGUUGGGUUGGAGAAGCAAGUACUUCUGGUAGUAAAACAUGUGCAAAGAUACCUCUCGCGAAAGCUCGGUGAGAAACCGACGCCAACCCCCCACCUGCGACACUACUGAAAUACGACACACUUACUUACACUCUCCUGUAUCUGCGUCUAAACAGCUUCAACUCUAAACAGCCACUUUCGCAGCCAGCGUUGCGACGACGAUGCGUCGCACACUGCCCGAUUCCACAUAGAGACCGCCAAUGGUGUCUUACGUACCGCCUAUUUUACGAAUAGCGCAGGCCUCAUCGCCUGUGCACCGUCGCCGCUAUGUAUAGGUCUGGAGGUGGUGGCCCUCGGGCUCGGGGCAGCAUCUUGGGAGCCCUGAAAGCCACCGAGAUGCUCGACGUACGAGCGAGGCUUCCAGCAGAAAUCAUGGUGACCAUCCUCAACUACUUGCCCGUGGCCGAUCAGAUGCGCUGCGCUCGCGCUUCCCGCCGAUUCCAAGAGAUGGUAUACGAUGAUACUCGAUGGGUAUCCCGGCUAAAGAGUAUGGGGUGCUGGGACGAACGAGAGGCGAGGCAGAGGUUUGAGGAUGCAGUUCGGCGUAGGCGAGAGGCUGCUGCUGCUGCUGCGGCGGCUGGCCAAUCUGCUGAUGCUGCCGGCAAACGGAACACAAUCUCGUCAACCACAAUGUUCGACGCCACGGUCGAGCAACAGCGUCGACAGCGAGCUGCCUCGGAGCUACGAGACGGAUUCGAGACUAUGAAAAUAGGGCCAAGCGAUGCUGCUGAGGAUCCUGCGUCGUACCUCGAUGUAUUCAAGCAUGUGAAGAGCGUCAGAGGAGGCGCAAGGCAGGAAUACGGAAAAGUCUACAAAGCUUUGGCACCGUUCUACUUUGACCUUGUCACGGCGAAGACGCAUACGGAUCCAAUCGUAUUCAAGGCGUUUGUUGAUCCUGAACAGCAGGCCCAGAUGCUGGCCAACUUGCACCGAUUCGCAGCGAGCGACUGGUCUGAGGGAUGGGGCCAUAGAGAUUCAAAGUUGACAUCAAUGAUCAACAUCUUUGAGGCCGCCGUUUUGCGCGAGUUUGAGCAGGGCUACGAAUUUUGGGAUGUCGAUGGGAGGAUGCAUCGAUAUGCACAUGUUUUGCAUACUCUCAACGGUGCCAAGACUGGUAUCGACCUCUUUGUACAGAAACACCCUCUGUUUAGCGACCGCGAGGUGGUGCAUAAUCCUAUGGACUGUUUGAAUCAAGCAUUCACGGACGAUGUAGUGCUGGAGCCAUCGCGACGCUUCUUUGAGAUCUUGCUCGCCAAGGUCAAUGAACAAGCCAGUGUCCUGGAACGAAUAUUUCCCGAGCCUGCCACCGUCUUCUGGAGCCUCGCUGAAAAGAUAGCAGAGGACAUUGUCGCCGAAUACACAACUCCCUUAUUCGAUGAGGCACACGAGCGCAGCAUUUCUUCCUACCUCAAGGCCGUUUCCGGCAUAUUCGAACAGACACUGAGGUUCUUCCAGUCACUGACACCUCCCAAAGGACCUGGGGAAGAUUUGGGAGACCGCGCUAAGCAGUUGACGCUGAAAGUCUUUGAACCUCAUCUCGACUUAUACUUACAGGAGGAGCUGGACUUCUUCACCAAACAGGCGGAAGUUGAGGUUGCGCAAUGGGAGAAGAAGCUUUCUGAGCAAGAUUCGUCCUUGGAGUCGUUUUAUUAUUCCAACAUUAAUCGCUCGGCGGAGAAGAACGAUUUUCUGAGCUCGUUCAAGAAAGUCAUUAUGAUGCCCGUCACUGUUCUCCCGACAUUUCCAAUAGGCUCUCCAUUUGCGACAACGAAACCGACACCUUCUCCCGCAGUUACUGCAAAUGGUUCUGCGGUGUUAACUCCACAGUCGUCUCGACCUCAGACGCCGGGCCUGGGCAAUGAAGUCCAGGGACGAAGCAGCCCAAUGCCAGGUGCUAAAGCUCCAACCGAUGAACUUGCAGCUAAAGCAGCCAUCAUGGCAUCGAAACUGGAAGGUAUCAAAUCGCUCUUCAGCAUCGAGGUAGCUCUAGAUUUGGUACACAAGGCCAAGAGCAGUCUAGGUCGUGCCGCAGUGUUGAUUCCCCUGGGUGGACAGGCCGGAGGAGAAGCCCGCGAGCAAUGUGCUAACAUCUUCAUUGCACUCGUUCGGAUACUGGGGCAGAGGCACGUCAAAUUUGGAUUCGACAUGGCUGUUGACCAUCUUUCUCAUUAUAAUCCGAGAGACGUGAGCGACCACGAUCAAAAAGGGGUGGCGCCGCUCGUCAUGUUUAUUGAGCUAGUCAACGUUGGAGACCUCAUUUCACAGAUGAUUGACGUCUUUUACGAGCAACAGCUCGCAACCCCUAAGAUUGCGGACAAGAACGACUUUUUGGAUCCUGCUGGCUUGGCCAAGAAGAAAUUCGAGCAGAUGCUUGACGAAAGUGUUGCAGCAGGCCUCAACAAGGGUAUUGACGUGCUCAUGGACGAGGUAGAAUACCUCCAGGGAACCUUGCAGCAGCCUACAGACUACAACCCUACUCCCCGCGUGCCAACAGACGAUAUGAAUAACCGGCAGUCCAACCGAGCAACUAUCGGCUCCAUGGCAGAGCUGGACAUUGGACCAACGCCCACAGCCCGCCGCAUCGUCGAUCUUGUUCGAUCCCACACUAACAUGCUGGUGGGUACAACGGAGAAGUCGAUGCUGGACGUUUUCAACGGCGAAGUUGGCCAGCGGCUCUUUACGGCUAUAUGCAAACACCUUAAGCGACAGCGCAUCAGCACAGAUGGCGCUAUCAAGCUCAUUUCCGAUAUGAACCUCUUCUCCGAUUAUGUGAGAUCGCUCCGAAACCAAGAAGUGCUGCCAUAUUUCACUGCGCUGCGCGAGCUGAGCCAGAUCUAUCUCAUUGACCCGAGCCACGCCAAGGAAAUGGCCACGGUCAUUGCGGACGGUGAUCGGUUUAGUGGCGUGUUCCGUGCAGAAGAGGUGUACGAGUAUGCGCAGCGCAGAGCGGACUGGUACCAGGUGAGGAGGAGUGUGGAGAGAGCAAUGUACGGAAUGGACUGUGUGGUAAUGUGAGAAGGACGCGGACAGAAGAAGGGGGGGGGGAUAAGAUUUGUUCUGUUGGAUAGAGACAUGGGAGUGAUGAGCUGAUGAAUUUAUGUGAGACAUGAAGAAAAAAAACACUCGAUAGUGAUUGGGUGGUUUCAAAGUCACAAUUGGAUCAUGAUUGUGUUUAGAUUGCAUAAAAAUGGAUAGAAUUUAUAUAUACAUCACGUUACAUAGCGGUGUUGGACAAGGAGGAUGAAAGAGUGAUGAAGUUGGAAAAAAUUAUUUAUAUACAUAUUUGCUGGCCGUAAUCUAUUGGCCUCUGAAUUUAUCAUGAAGACUAAACUCCGCUUCAUUGAUGUGGUAUAUGUGCAAAAAUUCAAUUAUCAAACGCUUUUCCUAGCGCAAAAAAAAUGAAAAAGAGAAAUGGCAAACUCCCAACACUUCAAGCAACCAAUCCUUCUUGUUCUACCGCUGUCCAAAGUCCAAUUUGCGGGCUACUUUGGCGCCUCUAUCCUCGUCCGCCACCAUUCCAGGUCGGCGCUUCAGAUCCAUUCCCAUCUUGUCUUCUCCGGCGCUCUCGUCUUUGCGCGGCAGGUCAUCCUUGCGCGUGGGCUUGGGCUCGGAGUGCCACCAGCGGUGCUGCAGCAUCUCCCGCGC